AUGGAACAGUCUCAGGGAACAGUCCAAAGAAUUCUUCUAGAACCCUACAAAUACUUACUUCAGUUACCAGGUAAGCAAGUGAGAACCAAACUUUCACAGGCUUUUAAUCAUUGGCUGAAAGUUCCAGAAGAUAAACUACAGAUCAUCAUUGAGGUAACAGAAAUGCUGCACAAUGCCAGUUUACUCAUAGAUGACAUCGAAGACAACUCGAAACUUCGGCGUGGCUUUCCUGUGGCACACAGCAUCUAUGGGAUUCCAUCUGUCAUCAAUUCUGCUAAUUAUGUGUAUUUCCUCGGGUUAGAGAAAGUUUUGACCCUUGAUCACCCAGAGGCUGUGAAGCUUUUUACCCGCCAGCUCUUAGAACUUCACCAGGGUCAAGGCCUGGACAUCUAUUGGCGGGACAAUUACGUGUGUCCCACAGAGGAAGAGUACAAAACCAUGGUGCUUCAGAAGACCGGCGGGCUGUUUGGGUUAGCUGUGGGUCUCAUGCAGCUGUUUUCUGAUUACAAAGAAGAUUUAAAGCCACUGUUAGAUACACUUGGGCUCUUUUUCCAGAUUAGGGAUGAUUAUGCCAACCUACAUUCUAAAGAAUACAGUGAAAACAAAAGUUUUUGUGAAGAUAUAACAGAAGGAAAAUUCUCCUUUCCUACCAUCCAUGCUAUUUGGUCGAGACCUGAAAGUACCCAGGUACAGAAUAUCCUGCGUCAGAGAACUGAGAAUGUAGAUAUUAAAAAAUACUGUGUGCAUUAUCUGGAGAAUGUAGGGUCUUUCAGGUACACACAGAACACUUUGAAAGAGCUUGAGUCUAAAGCCUAUAAGCAAAUCGAUGCUCGAGGUGGGAAUCCUGAGCUCACAGGGCUAAUAAAGCAUUUAAGUAAGAUGUUUGAAGAAGAAAACUAA